AUGUCUCCGGAGCUUUUGAACAACUCCAGCGCUUCUGCGCUACCUUGGGUAGUACAGAAGUUUGGCGGAACCAGUGUUGGCAAGUUUCCUGACAAGAUUGCUCGUGAUAUAGUACGCGACUAUCUUGCCCGAAAAAGGGUGAUAGUAGUAUGUUCUGCAAGAAGUACUGGCAAGAAGGCCGAGGGCACAACGAGCAGGUUAUUGGUAGUGUUUGAAAAGCUAGAUGCCAUUAGUGCCAUGCCCUGCCAAGUAGAUGCGCAAAGUGCGCUCUUGCAAGAGGCCAAGGAGUUGAUCCAUGCCAUCUGCAGCGAUCAUGUCGCCGCUGCCCAAACAUUUGUCAAGGAUGACGCGUUAAGAGCAGAGCUGUCCAGUCAAAUCGAGGCAGAGUGUCAUGAGCUUUUGGAGUACAUCAUUGCGGCCAAACGCUUCAACCUGGAGGCCAACUCCCGGUCAAAGGAUAGAAUUAUUAGCAUUGGCGAGAAGCUUAGCUGCAAGUUUAUGGCUUACUUGCUCAAGGAUACUGGGUAG